UUUCCCUCUACCAAGUUUGAAGCGAGAACUGGGCGGGCAGGGAGCGAGCAAGCGAGGGCGCGACCUACCUUUUCCAGUUUCAGCCUUGGGGAAGGAGAGCGUCUCGCUCCGCGAAUGAACGCAAGGCAAGAAAAGAGCGGGAGCAAAUCUCUUCCAAGCGCGAUCGCGAGCACGACAAUUAGUCCUGAGUUCCGAGCAGAGUACAGUACUGUGUAACCCGAUACAAGAGAGAGAGAGAGAGAAACUCUGGAGACAGAGCGUGUGCGUAAAAGCGCACGAGAGAAAGAUUGCAGAAGGGGCCAAAGAACAAAUAACAGACUUGGGCGCAACAGAAACGGGAUCUAGCAGAACGACGCAGAGGAAUCCUCUUCUGGAGAGGGCAGAGCGGAGGCAGGUGGGCUGGGAUCCAGCGGAUCUGGCUGGGUCUCUGCGCCGCCGCGGCCGCCUCUCUCUCCCCCCUCCCCACGUGGCUGCUCCAUUUUGCCCUAACUGCGCGAAACCAGGAGGAGGGGGAUCAAGGAGGAGGAGGAGGCGGCAUCCACUGCGCUUGGGCCGCCGCGAAGGCGCCUUUGCGGGGGUGGGAAGAAGCCGGGAGCAGCUGCCGAGACUGUGGGGAGCCCGGCGGCGUGGCGCAAGGAGGAACCAGCAAGCUGGGAUGCUCCACUUCUGAGCUCCUCUCUCUUCCUCCAUCCUCCGCGGGAGAGCAGACCCGGGUGCCGCUGGGGGAAUAAGCCGAAGGCAAAGCGAUCAGCCCAUACACUUGAAGCAAUGCGGUGGUGGACGAACGGUAGGUGGCUCCUUCAAGUUGAUUCCCCUGGGAGUUGGGGUAGGUGGGUUGCGUGCAGCUUCUCCGAAAGGGGUGUCAGGGGCAUGCAAGAUGUUUAGAUGCAUUUGUUCAGAAGGGAACGUCUUGUACUUGGAGGGAGUGUUAAACUCUGCACUUAAUGUUCUUACGGGAGGGGGGCUCUUUCUUAGAUGGUAGGGUGUAUUAAUUACUCUGUUUACUUCAAAAGGUAGGAAGGCAACCCUUCUGUGUUGUUCGGUUUUUUGAGGGGGGUGGAGUGAGGAUUCCAGCUUUUUAUGCUGCCUGCAAUGCCUAGCCUGAUGGCACCGCUGCCUGAAUUCCUUCUCAGAAAGCUUCAAGUCUCUCCUUAGACAGCCCCAAAAUGACAUUCCUAGAAGUGUUGUAAGGGCAGGGGUGGGGUGACCCAAAGAGACCUGAAAAUGGUUGAAGUUCCUGUCUGAACGCAACGCUAAGCAAGGCAUUUAUGCUCGACUCAGUGCAGACACUUGCUUUCUCAACUGCUGUGCCUCAGAUUGGCUGGAGGGCUAAAGUCAGACAGUGGGGCUGGCCCCCUGGUUGUUUCUUUCUCUGAUAUAGGGAUCCUUGGGGCAGUUCAGGAGAGGGGGGGGUUCAGGAAGAGAAGGAACAUCCAUUGUUUGAAGCCCAAAGCGUAAAGCUCUUGAAGGAAGACUGGGGGUGGAAGCAUGUCCAUAAAUCUAGGUUCUUGGCGCGGUGACAAAAUCAUAAUAAUAAUAAUAAACAACCCUCCCGGGUUUUAUAGGACUGGUGGGGCUGCAGAAGUGCCUGUAGCAUUUCACUGUUUUUUAAUCGAGGAGGCGGCUGUGUCCUGAGCAUGGCUAUGUGCAGGGAGGGAGGGAGAGAAGCCCUUUGGCAGGUAUCCAUCCACUGUUGAUAAAAAGAGAUUUAAACGCAAGGAGACAGGCUUUACAGCCCAAGAGAGAGAGGAGAUGCAGUGGGGUGAGAGUUCAAGACAGUGUCAGGCAAUAUCCUAGUAAAACUAGCUGGACUCAUAAUUCCUCCUCUGGGGAAGGGCCAUGGCUGAGUGGUACAGCAUCUGCUUUGCAUGCAGAAGGUCUCAGGUUCAAUUCCUGGGGCUGGGGCUGUCUCUUGUCUGAAACCCUGGAGAGCUGCUGCCAGUCAAUGUAGAAUAGAUCAGGCUGAGCUAGAUAUACUAAUUGUCCAGCUCCAGUUAGAAAUUAGCCAUGUGCCAGGUGCGUUUUUCAACUGGCAUGGGUCCAGUUGUGACCCAUGGAGAUCUCUGGAUGCCAGGAUGGCGACCAGUGUAGCCAGUGAUGGGAGCUGUAGUCCAAAAUGUAUGGAGGGCGCCAGGUUGGGGAAGGAUUAUCUGAGCCACUGUUGUCAAUUCUGACUGGCAGGAGUUCUCCAGAUCCACUGGCAGAGAAGUCUUUCCCAGGCCUGUUAUCUGACUUUUUUUUAGCUGGAGAUACUGUGGAUUGAGCCUAGGGCUUUGCAACGCAUGUCCUGUGCCAAUUAGCUGAUUCUCAAGUGAGCAUAGAAUUGCAGCCUUAAUUACACAGGGUGGGAUUCAGUUAGGUGUUACUCAAAGUAGACCCACUGCAAUUAAUGGACCUAACAGAGCUAUGCCCAUUAAUUUGAAUGGUUCUGCUAUGAAUUGCACUUCAUUGAAUUCCACACAUACCUUAAGAUCCAUAGAUGUAAAAUAUCCCAAUUCACUUGGCACAUUCUCACCUCCCUCCAAUAAUGUGAGCUACUCUCCUGUUCUUUUACCAUUGUUGGAAAAAAGUUAUUAAGCACAAAAAAACCCUCUCUCCUUCCUUUGUGCGACCUUUCCUGUAUGGAGUAGAUAAUUUUAAAUGGCUAAUGGGGGAUCAACAUUUACAGUGCAAUUCUAUAUAAUUGAGUUCAGUGGGGCUUACUCCCUGGUAAGCUGUUUCUUCCCACAGUUUUGUUUAAGGAAACUCUGCCCCCCAUGGGGAUUUUAGACCGUGAUGCAAAAACAAAAAACAAAACAAAAACCCAUUUCGGAAGAGUUUUUCUUUAGCAAUUGCUUAAGCAGAGCUCCCAAACUGUGCUUUAGACUCCUCUCUUAUUAAUGUGUGUGAUGCAAAACAUGGAUGAGCAGCAUGGAGGGAAAUGGUUAUAAAAACCUCUUGAGAGAUUAUCUAGAACUCAGAUUAUGACUCAAGCCUUUCCCCACUGUUUAUCACACAGCAGAAAUUAUUAUCGUUGUGCUUCCAUAAAUGUAACAUUCAUUUGCAAACUUGAAAAGCAAAAAGCCCCCUUAGCUCCAUGCAGAGCACACACUUUGUACUGAAAGGUCCCAGGUUCAGUCCCUGACAUCUCCCCCUAAGGCUGAGAAAGGUCCCUGUCUCAGAUUCCCUGGAGAGCUGCUGCCAGUCAGUGUAGAAUGUGCUGGGUGAGAUGGACCACUUAUCUGACUUGAUAGUUUUCUGUGUUCAUAUGAUGCUUUUUCAAAUACAUUUGUAAUUUUCAGUUCUCAUUUUAAGCAGUGCCGGGCCAACCUAAAAGUGGAGUUUCAAGAACAUGUUGAUGCCCCAUCAGAGGACCCUCUUUUUUUUUUCAGGGGGAGGCAAAGGAGUCCCAAAAUGGAGUGGUGGGACGGAAUGUGUCCAUGCAACACAGCAAGGCAGUGGAUGUUUCUCUCGUGGCAUCCAUUCUAUCAGACUGUAGAGCGGGGAGGGGAGAAGGAAGGCAGGGCUAUUAUUCCAUUGGCUCUGCUGAGAGACCAUCUAUUGCCUUGGGCGCUCCCUCAGCCUAGUGGUAGCAUCCAUUCCAUCAGGCUGCAGAGCAGAGAGAAGCAGGGAUAUUCUGUUGGCUCUACAAAGAGACCAUCUUCUGCCUUUGACUCUGCACCCAAAAAAUGUCCCCUAGCAGCAGCCGUUCCAUCAGGCUACCUAAAUUGUUUCCUAGUUGUUAAGAAAACUGGUAACUUUCAGAACUUGUGCCUGACUUUUUCCUUCUCCUUCUCCAUCCCUGUUUCCUUUUGUGUUAUGUCCUUUAGAUUCUGAGCUUGAGGACGGGGGCUGUGUGGCUUUGCAAAUCACCCUGGGAGUCUUCUUGCCUGAAGAGUGGGAUAAAAAUACUUUUAAUAAAUGGGUUUGUGUCAAUGGAGCCUGUCUGCCAUCCUAACUUAAACACUUAAACACCCAUUCAAAGUAAGGGGAAAGGAUUGGCACUGUUGGUUCUCAUUUACAUUGUCCUAUAGCUGGACCUGAUCGGCUCUGUGACACCGUGGUGCCUUCGUGUUCACUGUGUGAUCCCUAAUUGGUUGGGAUCACAGCAAAAAAGGAGAAAGCCUUUACAAAUGGCACAGAAACAGCAGCAUGGCAUGAAUCCCUAGUUGGAAGACUACUGCAAUAUUUCAGUAAAAAUGAGAUAUGCCCCCUUGCCCCAUUCUCUACUGUAGGGGUUGGCAAAGUUUUUGUGACUUGGGCCGGUUCACAGUCCCGCAGACACUGCGGUGGGCUGGAGUGGACGCACACGCAUGCACAAACACUAUUUCUGGUGUUCCUUCCGGCGUGGAGGAGGCGUGCGCAACUUCCCAUUGGCUGCAGGAGCUUCUGCAGCUAAUCGGAAGCCGGCCAGCGUCAUGGAAGGCAGUCCCCACUCUGCUCCAUGGCGGUUUAGCGCGGCACAUGGGAGCCAACCAAGCGAGGAGCGGCGGGGGUCCCCAAGUGGGUGCCGGGGGUCCAUGGGCCAGUUAAACGACCCCCAUAGGCCACUUGUGGCCCAUGGGCUUUAGGUUGCUAACCCCUGCUCUACUGUAACAAAGGCAAAGUGCAUGUAAUGGCAGUAAUCCUAUACACUCUCCCUGUUCAUUCCCUUUCCCUUUCCAUGCUUUGCAUAGGAACAUAGGAAGCUGCCUUAUAUGGAGCUGUCGGACCAUUGAGUCAUCCAACUCAUUACUUUUGACAUUGACUGGCAGUGACUUUCUCAAAUGCCAAGUGGGCUCCCUCCCCCCCCCUGGGUCCUACUUGGAAGUGCUGGAGAUUGAACUUGGGGCUCUCCCGCUGAACUUUGACUGCUUGGUCUCCCUCGUGGCAUUGUCCAGAUUGUAAGCUUCUUGGGGCAGGGAUCUGACCACCUUGGAAUAAGUCUCAAAGUGGUUCUCUUCCUAAGACAGUCUGCAUUAGCAGAUGGCAUUUCAUCAGUCCGUGGUAAUACCAAGCGCUUUGGUGGUUUGGCAUGGCAGUUAAAGGGAAGCGCUGGGGAACAAAUUGGCAACCGUUUCACUUUGAGGAACUCGGGUGACACACAUGUAAGCCAUUUGUUGAACUAGGGAGGCUGGGGAGUUCCAUGGAGGAGCAUUUAACAUCAUGCAUUUCUUUCUUUCUUUUUUAAAAAAGAAGAAAUGGAUCUGCCCAAGUGCAAAGCAUGUUGCUCUGGAUUUCUGGCUUAAUUAUUAAGGAUGGGAACCAGCUUUGCUUAAAGAAUGCCAAAGUGCUGAGUAGAAAUGCUUUGCAGGAGUUGGCCGCAGUGUGCUAAAUGGUCCCACGGGUAUGAGUCAGGGUAUAUUUUUACUUUUUUGCUUUCUGUCAUCCAGAGAUUCCAAUUACAGUCGUACCGUGGUUGUUGAAUGCCCUGGAACUCGGACGUUUUGGCUCCCGAUCUCCGCAAACCCGGAAGUGAUUGUUCCGGUUUGCAAACGUUCUUUGGAACCUGAACGUCCAAUGGGGUUGGAGCUUCCUGCAGCCAAUCGGAAGCUGCACCUUGGUUUCCGAACCUUUUGGAAGUCGAACGGACUUCCGGAAUGGAUUCCGCUCGACUUCCAAGGUAUGACUGUAUAUAUAUUUUUUGUAUCCAGAUUUCUCGGGGGUCCCUUCCAAUUCUAUUGUUCUGUGAUUUUCAUCUCUCUCCUCCCCUCCUCUCACUGCAUGUCAACUCCUCCCUCACCGACAGUCUUAGUGAUGUGUGAUGUGGAUUUUCAGAACAGAGCUGUGGCUCCGUGGUUGAGCAUCUACUUUGCACAUGGAAGGUCUCAGGUUCAGCCCCCAAUAUCUCCAAGUGGGGGUUCAGCCCCCAAUAUCUCCAAGUGGGGCUGGGAAAGUAUCCUGCCUAAAACCCUGGAGAGCUGCUGACAGUCAGUGUAGGCCAGGCAUAGGGAAACUUGGCCCUCCAGAUGUUUUGGGACUACAACUCCCAUCAUCCCUAGCUAACAGGACCAGUGGUCAGGGAUGAUGGGAACUGUAGUCUCAAAACAUCUGGAGGACCGAGUUUGCCUAUGCCUGGUGUAGGCAGUACUGAGCUAGAUGGACCAAUGAGUCUGACCCUGUAUCUGACGUGCCUAACAUUUCUGAUUUGGUAUGUUUGAAUGAUGUGCUUCUUCUGGCUUUAUACGAUCACCUUAUCUACCACCCCACCUAUUUACAGAUACAUAGAAUACAUAGAACGUUUGUUUGUGCGGUGUAUUUAAAAUAUUGCAUCCAGCUAAAUUUUACUGAAGAGUUGACCCAUUGAAAUUAAUGGACCUAAGUUAACUGCACCCACUGAUUUCAGUGGGUCUAGCACUGAAGGCAACCCUGUGCUUCCCGAAAAAAGAUAAUUGCAACUCUGAAAUGGGCUUUGCUUGUAUCCAUAUAGGGUGUUGCAGGAAUUAACGUUCUGAAGUCACGGAUUUCUCUGAACCGCAUCGCUGUAGAGUUGGGCGGCGAGGGAGGAAAGGGCCCCUGCACCUUUAACAGUUGUGUAGGAAGAGGGGGUUUCUUCAGGCUGCCAUGUGGCCCUCCCCUCUUUUAUGUCUAGCUCCCCUGCCAUUCAGUGCAGGGAAGGGGGCAUGGCUCAGUGGCAGAGCAUCAGUUUUGCAGGCAGAAGGUCCCAGGUUCAAUCCCUGGCAUCUUCAGGUUUGGAUGGAAAUGUCCCCCAUUUGAAGCCCCAGAGAGCCGCUGCCAGCUGCUGCUGCCGGUACGGAGGGAGAUGGUCCAAUGGUCAGACUUCGGUGUGAUGCUGAAUGCGGGUGAACAAACUGAAGCCUGAUCCAGACAAGACAGGUGUUCCUGGUGAGUCAAAAAGUCAGACAGGCUCCCCCUGAAAACUCAGGUUCGCUGCUUGGGUGUAUUCCUGGAUUCAAUCCUGAGGCUAGAUGCCCAGGUGUUGGGGGUGGGUGUCAACUGUACCCCUGUCUGAAGAUGUCUGAUCUGGCCAUAGCGAUGCACAGUUUAGUUAUAUCCUGUUUGGAUAAUUGUCAUGGGGACUGCCUUCUGCAGGUCCAAGAUGCUGCUGCCAGAUUGCUGACCAGAGCUGGUUAUAGUGGAAACAGAAGCUCAUUGUUACAGCAGUUCCAAUGUGCUGGCUGUGACCUACAAAGCCCUAUACAUACGGCUUGGGUCUAGGCUACCCAAAGAACCAUAUCUCCCUAUAUGAGCCUGCCUGAGCUUUGAGAACUUCUGGGGAGGGGGGGGGGCUUUGUCUCAAUUUUGCCACCUUCACAGGCAGGUUCAUGAGGACACAAGGCAGGGCCUUCUCAGUGGCUGCCCCCAGAUUGGGAAUUUGCUUCCAUGGAAAGCUAGACAGGUCCCCUCUCUGCUUUGCUUUCACCAACAGGCAAAGACUUUUUUGUACAGACACUAACUGGCUGUCUUCUGAGGGUGGGUGCUGCACAUGUUGUCUUUUGUGUGUGCUUUCAAACAGUGUCGAGUGUUUCUAGGGCUGUUUUUAAAUAGGGCUGUUUACUUUUUUCUUUUUAAAAUAUUUAUAUUGAUUGUGUGUUUUUAGCUGCAUUUGUUUCAAUUCAUGCUGGGAGCCUCCUUAGAUCCUGUAAGAGGAAAAAAAGUGGGAUAUAAAUAACAUAAAACAUAACAUAGGCAGCUUCCUAUGUAUGUGUAGCCAGAUUGCUGUACAUGUAAGUUUUCCCUUACAAGGCAAAAUAGCAUCUUUGAUGAAAUUACUUUAGUUGGGGAAGCGAUGUGGGAAACAACAGCAGAUCUCCCCUCUCUCAGCACCACUGCCCUGAUCAAGAUGGUGUUUCACUCCUUGAAGCAGUUUUUUUGGCCAUUUUUAAAGAGAUGGGAGAUCAGAUCUUCAUCAUCUCCUUUCUUCCCGCCCCCUUUGGACCUUGUCAAAAAUGCUUUGAUGGUGUUUCCUGCUUGGCAGGGGGUUGGACUGGAUGGCCCUUGUGGUCUCUUCCAACUCUAUGAUUCUAUGAUUCUUUUACAUCAUUGUCACCAAAACCCAAUGGAAUAUGGGUUGCGGUAAGUAGCUGGAGGUUUGUAAGGUGUGUCUUGUUUCUCCCUUGUAGACCCUUUGGGGAAAGAGCUCUUAAAACAUGGAUGAGGAACCUGCAGUCCUACAAAUGUUAGGCUGGACACCAUCACCCUGAGCAACUUGCCAUGCUGGCUGGGGCUGAUGGGAGUUGCAGUUCAACAACAUCUGGAUGGCCUCAGAUGGCCGGCGGACGACAUGGGGAUGGUGACAGCUGGAGGCCCUGCUAAAGCCGCGAGAGCCAUGAAGAACCACCCCCCUUCAGGGAACGCGCCCACAGCACCCACCAGCGCCCCUUCCCGAUGGCACCGGCGCAGGUUCCGGCGCAAGGCCCCCUCCGAGGUGACCGUGAAGGGCCAGCUGCGCAUGCGCUCUACCUCGGGAGCCUUUGUGAUGGUGGGCGUCUCAGUGGUGCUGGUGGGCAUGACCAUCGCUGUCAUCGGCUAUUGGCCUCACCGUGCCAGGUCCGGAGGCGGCAGCCAGCUGGGCAAUGCCAGCACCACCGAUGAGAUCAAGAAGGAAGUGAAGGCCUUGGCCCACCCCCGCCCCUUACCUCACAGCGAGAAGCUGAAGCUCAUUGGGCCUGUCAUCAUGGGCAUCGGCCUCUUCAUCUUCAUCUGCGCCAACACCAUGCUGUACGAGAACAGAGACAUGGAGACCCGCUUGCUGAUGCAGAGAGAGCUCUACUCCAUGAGUCUGAGGCUCCCACAGGACACCAGCCAAGCAAGCAGCUACUUUCAGAGGAAGCCUACCUUGUCCUCCCUCCAGGCAAACGCAGAAUGCGUGGAAGGUUGCUACGAGGUGGACCUCUCCUCCAGCGGCUUCCAGUCUUGCUCCAGCCCAGUCGCCAAGUGGCCCAAGGCUUACGACUCAAACAGGCUACAGGCCACCACCCAGUUCCACAAGAGCGUCUCGCCGUCCCUUUCCCUCCUGAGCGUCCGCUCGGAUUCUGGCAACGCCGUGCUGGAUAACCGCGGCCUCCCUUUUGCCCGCGGUGCGGAGUCAGUCAUCUCGGCCGUCAAUGCUCUGUCUCUGCCUCUCAUUAAACUCAACAACUGUCUCCUCGAAAGCCAGCGUGUUUCUCGAGCAGCCAUCCGGGACUUGGAAGGCAAUUGCCUCCACUUGCCAGAGGAGAAGGAUGAGGUGCUGAGGCUGUCAUGGACUGUCCUCCCGGGGUGCAAUGCUGCGGCUCCCCGGAGAAGUGAGCUCAGAGGCAGCCACGUGGUUAUCGAUAUGGAUAACGAUGAGCCUUCCUCAGCCACCUCAGUGGAAAGACUCCUGAACCCCGAACGCACAAAGAGGGCAUUCAGCUCGGACACUCAGAUCCCUAAUGCAGGUCACUCCAAGUCCCUGGAUCUCGGCCAGCCGGGGGUAGUGUUAGUGGCACCAGUCAAAGACAGGAAGCACAGGAGCUGGCCUAGACUCGACCACAUUGGCCUGGUCAACUAUGCAAAACUGGAAAGCCGGGGCGAGUCUUCUGAUAGGCUUUUGGAGCCAGCGAAGGAGCCUAUCAGUGGCUUGAGCAGGGAGCCUUCCCAGGAGGUUGUUGCAGAAACGGGUUGUGGAAACUGACUCCGCAUUGGAAGACGGCGUGUGCCGUUGGGAUUUGCCAUGUCAUGCCGGGUGUUGCCAGGAGCGAACGUGUAUAUAGAUACUUUGAAAUGAAUGUUUUGCAGCAGCGGCUGCUUAGUCAGUCUGCCAGUGGCCAAGCCCAAGUCUCCUGCCAGGGGAGAGAUGCCUUUGAGAUGCUGCUGAAUGGAUUGAUUUCCUCCUUCAAGGGCCUGUUCAAUUCUUGCCUUAUAAAGAUCCCCUCUUCAACUCCCCCCCCCACUCUGUUUGUGCGUGAAAAGAACUAUUUGCCUAGAAAUGGAAAGAAGACUUAGGAUUGCAAUGGGGCGGGCGGGGGGGGGUUGGUGGGGGCUGGUACUCCUCACUACACCCAAACCCACCCAGCCUCCCUUGGAAACAUAGAUGGUAAGACUGCGGGGGAGAAUGGGGCAAUUGCUAAGGUUUCAGAAACAAUAAACUGGUGCCUCCUAAAAUAGCACAGGUCUAGUUUUAAAAGUCACGAGAUUAUAAUUUUUAUACACAGAUGCUAGUUUCAGAGCUCUUUGGGGCUAAACAUCAGACCUUGCCUGCAGUAUCUACCCCACCCCACCCCUGGUAGUAAAACAAUUUUAUUUUUUUUAAAGAGAUUCUUAUUGUUUUCUUGUCAAUCUCAUGUUCUGGGCUCUGAGAAAGCCAAAACAUUUUAAAGUCAAAAUCUUGCAAGUUAAUUGGUGACUUUUUCUCCUCCCUGCCUCAUCCCCCGUCCUGAAUCACUGGGUAUGUACAUGCCAAGCAGGGUUAUUAAAAAAAAAGAAAAAAUGGUUUGCCUCA